UACGGAUGUCGUUACGCAGAGCGCAAAAAAGAGGGGCCAUUUGCCGAGCGAUCAUCACCCAAACAAGUGCGUCAUAUCCUACCUAGGUAUGUUCACGCAACAACAAUCGCAGUCGGGCUUCAUGAGAUCCACGCCAUUUCGACCGAAAAUUCGAAAUCCAUGGGUGCGACUUGGGAUUACGCAACGGCAUCUACAAGCUAGCAGAUGAGUGAUGAGAUCGAAGAGGCAGAGAAACGCUCGCUGUAGCGGACGAUGUCGAACAAGUACGCAAGUUACCAGAUUUGAUGAUCGACUUUAGAAAGAGCAAUGGAAACGCAAGGCCAAACGAUGUCGAGAGAGGGCAGAAUGACAGCCGUUGCUCGUACGUAACGAGAGGACGCUCUUGGUAAGGGCUGGAAAAAACGUCAUGAGCCAAGAACCUCCUUCAUCGAACCUCAACGGCAAACCGCCGUUACGUCUUUGUAUCGAACGUAAACAAAACCUACAUCGGCGCUCGAUAAUAAUGUCUUCAGCUACGCGCACCGUCCUAGUCACAGGCUGUUCUGAUGACUCUCUCGGCUCUGCUCUCGCGCUCGCCCUACACAAACACAGCGACCUGCAGGUCUUCGCAGCAGCACGCGACACAUCAAAGAUGGCUGCGCUGUCUUCCGCUGGCAUCAAGACACUAGCAUUAGAUGUCACGUCCUCGGACUCAAUCAAGUCUCUCGUUGAAGAGAUCACACAAUUGACCAAGGGCAAACUCGACAUCUUGAUAAACUCCGUCGGCGGCGGCCACUACCAGCCAUUCCUGCAUCUGGACAUCGAUAAAGCGAAGCAGCUAUUUGACGUAAACGUAUGGGGCUUCGUGGCAACAACGCAAGCCUUUCUCCCGCUCCUGCUAGCCAACGCCGAACCCGGAAAGAAAGGCCGCAAGAGCAUUGUCGUCAACAACACUUCGAUCUCGUCGGUGUUGCGCACACCCUACCACUCCGCCUACUCGGCGUCAAAAGCCGCAAUGGCCAUGUUCAACGACAUUCAGCGCAUCGAGCUGGAGCCCCUCGGCAUCAAAGUCGUGGACCUCAAGACCGGCUCUCUGGAAUCGAACUUUGGCGAGAACAAGACCAAUCCGUACGAACUUCCAGCGGACUCACCAUACCAGCCGAUCAAGGAGGAAGUCGUGAAGAUCAUCAGCGGUGAGACGACAGAAGCAUACGCGGAGGAUAGGAAGGCGUGGGCGAAGAACGUGGUCAAGGACUUGAUGAAGAACCCGGACAGUCCGCCGCCACAGAUCUGGAGAGGUGGUGCUGCAGGCACUAUUCAAGUGAGCAGUAAGAUGGACAGCAUUUUGCCGGACUACUUGACAGAUGGGAGCUUCCAAGGACUGGGAGGGCUGGAUAAGCUAGGGAAGAUGUUAGAAAAGCAGGGAAAGGGGGCUUGAGGAUAUUCGUGCUCGUGACAGACUUGCAACUUCCCGGAUUGCAAAUGAAUACUAUGAUCUACAAAGUCA